GAGUCUCACGACAUUUCACCAUAUUGAGCGGCGUUUCUAAACUAUAUUUGUUGCCUUUUGGCAUCAUGCAGCACGUGAGUAAGAAGUUGGAGUUAAGCUGUGCGGGUCACAACUUCAACUUGAGUUGUGCUUGACCGCCGCAACCUGCUAUCAUUAUAGGUUAUUUUCAAGUCUCGAUCGGAUUAACCCCGACAUCUCAGUUGAGAAACCAACAAUUUGUCUCGCCAAAGCUGUCAAUCUGAAUCCCGAUGAGAAACUGGGAUUGAGGAUAAGGGAUACCGAUACCCCUCAACCCCUCAAAUAUGGGAACUCGUUAAAACAGACUUUCACCAGUUUUUUUGCUCUUAUUAGACAAGAUGGAGUUACUGCAAAAGGGACUGGCAGGCGUCAGUGACAAGACGGUCCGCCUCCUCGACACCACAGCCGUUGAACUCAACAGACUCAUAUUUGUGUUCAUCUUCAUCUCCAUUACCUCAUUCCUGCUGCGAAAGAUCCUCAUCCGCCUAUCUGAUGCCGACUUCAUGCGCCGGACCGGUUCUUCCAGGGGUAUCUACUACCUGAACCAAGGUGUCUUUGGCUUCACUUUCUGGAAGUCGCUGCAAAACGCCGGACGCGCCGGCAAGCUCACCCAGGAACUACAGAGCCGGUUUGCAAAGGUAGGCCCCACAUUCAUCGCCACAGGCUUCGACUUUGACGUGGUGCACACAGCGGACCGGGAAAAUCUGACAUGGCUCCUAAACGACAUCAACAAUUUCGGCAAGGGGCCCAAGGCGGGCAGGCGGCGAUGGGGCUCCUUCAUCAAGGGCGGUGGCUUCGUGACGGACGAUAAAGAAUGGGAGAAGAGCCGCGAUAUGGCCAAGGAGGCUCUGGACAACAGGAGCAUGAUGCGGCUCGACCGGCUAGACAAACAAAUUGAACACCUACCCGCCAGACUACCCCGCGAUGGCCAUACGCUCGAGUACCACAAUACGGUCAUGGAACUCGUUCAUGAGAUUGUCAUGGAACUCUUGAUCGGCAUCGGCCAAGACGAAGAUUUCAGCGCUCAAGUCAACGCGCUCAGGGACGACGUCGAAUCUGGGGCCGAUGUCGUCUUCUGGCGGCGCAUGCGCAAGCCGUCCAUCCAGCGGUAUUUCUUCUUCUGGCAGGAAUUCCCUGAGCAGUGUCGACUCGAGUGCGCCGCGAAGCACAUCCACGCCGUCAUUGACUACUACCUACAGGAAGUCGUGGCAAAGCGGGAGCAGAAGGCCCAAGAAAUGACGCUCCACAAGUGGGAGAAGGGCGAGGACAUGUCUAUGUUUGUCUAUGUGGACCGUCUCUUGGGUAUCACCAAUGACCUCGAGGCCGCACGUUGCGAGGUCGUCACUUUGAUUGGCGCCGGGACAGACGGCGUGAUUUCUUUGCUGUCGCACUUGCUCUACCAGCUCAGUCACAGACCUGAAUUGUUCAAGAAACUGCAGGCUGAAAUCGAUACACUGGGUGGGGAGAAGCCUGACGAGGCCAUGGUCAAUUCGCUGAAAUAUCUUCACGGCGUUAUCUGCGAGAGUAGCUGACCCCCGUUCCAAACCCUUUUUUAGUGCCUUUUCCUUGUCUUGUCAUUCAACAAUUUUGCUGACCUCUUCUUUUUUUUCCACA